AUGGCCCCAAAGAAGAAAAAGAAGCCCGCAGCAAACCCUGCUCGGGGCUUUGCUACAACUUCUGUGCCUUCUAAGUCCAAGCCCAUCGGUGAGCCCGAUGAGGCCGUGGUCAGCGUCAAUGACACUACCCCAGGCCCAGGCACUGACGCUGAGCUCACAGCACCCGUCAGCGACGGGAACGCGACAUUGAAAAGUGGCGAACAAGCUGAACAAGGUCGCAAGAUCCAAGAGAUGACCCCCGAGGAGCUGGAAGCUCAUCUGGAAGACUCUGAGCUGGACGGAGUACUCGCCAAGUACGCUACACGAUGCAUCGCUGAUGCUCGACGUCAAGUCGCCAGGCUAGAAACCGAGCGGCGUCAGUUGCGUCCACAAGCCCUGAAACUGUCAACAUACAACUGGCUGCCGGAAGAGACAAUCGAUGAUCUCUUUGAUAUGGUGGCUCGUGAUACGAGUCCUAUGUCGUCGGCAUUUAGGGGUGUUGAGAUUCCUGUCGAUGAGGAGAAGCUCUUGCUCGACCUGUGGAGCUUGGAGAGAGUCUUGGUGUCCUUGAAGUUUCCAAGAGUCUCUGAAGCCAUUGCCCAUGUUACUGAAACCGCCCUUCUGGGACAGCUGAGAACGAUUCCCGAUUUCCUGCCUGGUCUGCCUGAGGCUUUACAAUGGUAUGCCUCGACAGCGCUAGAGGGCGAACUCAUGAACUAUGAACAGACCACGGGUAUAACGACUGGAUUGAGCGGUAAUAAUACCCCUGACCAGGCAUCAUCUGGACCGCCCACCGCCAGCCAAAGUAGGCAGAGUCCAGCAUCGACACCUGCAAAAGUAUCUGAAGCGGAAGACGACUCAGAAUCGAGCCUAGAAACUCCAGAACCCGAAGAAGACAACGACCCCGCGAAACUAACGGAGAAGUCUGUUCACCUUCAACGACUGCUCUGGGAGGUACAGAACAAGGAAGCCGACGAUAUCCCGAAGACAGGGGCCAAAAAAGAAAGGCGAAUUGCUAUGUUACAUCGGAAGUUGGAACUGCUACGUCGUGAUCCGCUGUUCGAUGAGUACGAGGCAGAAGCUGCAUGGGACGCCGUUUUGGCUCAACUCCUGGCAACACGUCAACAGCUCAUGCGAGCCGCUGCCACGAAACGGCGGCAAGAAAAGCGGGCUGCUGUCGAACAGAACAUUGAUGAUGAUAUAGGGAUCCAGAAACCUAUAUCACAGGACAAUGAGCCCGGCGCUGCGGAGGAUGAGGAUGCUCUUCUCGGCGGCAUGUUUGGAGAAUCUGAAGACACUACUGUCUUCGAACAAACCCCACCAGCAUCUGAGAGCUCGGUCCGACUGCUAGACUUUGGGAAAUGGUCGGGUCUUUCACCAAAAAGACUGCUUGAUGAAGUCUGUCGAGCGCGUGAUUCGAAAAGUCGAGUGCAGAUCCGAACUUUGCAGCAAACCUCAUACUCAGCAAGGCACAAACUACAGAUUUCUUGGACAGCCGAUGCCAUGGUCGACGCUCACACGACGGCGGCAUUGCCACCUGAAGUCUCUGUCCGGGUCAAUCAGCGACUCUGGGAAUUGGAGAUGAAAAACAUUGCAGCAGCGGGUGCUGCCCAAUCGGAGGGCUAUGUCUGUACUCUUGGCCUGUUCCUGGUGUCAACACUGGGUGCAAGCGAGCACAAAGCCAUAGGUCGUCUGCCGACUGUCUGGAGAGAUGUGGUGAACGACUUGACCGACGCCCAAGCAGUCCUCGUCAACAAGGAACGAAAGGAGACUCUACGGAGGCUGCGGGCAGUCAUUUCGGAUGCACAGGAUCGACUGAGACAGCAACAAGCCAGACUACCCAGCAAGGAGCCAUCUGAGGGUCAGGCCAGCGUCGCUCAUCGUCGCCGCGCCAGAGCACCUGUCUCGGCGCAUUGGAGCCCGGAACAAGUGUCGAAGGAAUGGGAAACCCGAACCACUCGUCCAUCUUUCCGCGAAAUGCUCCAGAUCCGCCAACAGCUCCCUGUCCAUCAGUACAAAGACCGAAUUCUCUCUUGCAUCGCCGAAAACGCUGUGAGUGUCAUCUGCGCAGAGACGGGUGCCGGCAAAUCAUCUGGAAUCCCGGUCCUGCUUCUGGAGCAGGAAUUCUGUGCCUCCCGAGACUAUCGCAUCCUUGUGACACAGCCAAGGAGGAUAUCGGCCAUCACUCUCGCCAGACGCGUUUCUCAGGAGCUCGGAGAGAGCCGCAAUGACAUCGGCACCAACCGGUCACUUGUUGGCUAUGCGAUCCGGUUAGAGAGCAAGACCAGCAGCACCACUCGCAUCACCUACGCAACGACUGGCGUCCUGUUGAGGAUGUUGGAGGAAUCCCCAAACCUUGAUGAGCUGGAUUGCCUCAUUCUAGACGAAGUACACGAACGUACGAUGGAUCUUGACCUGCUAUUUAUCGCGUUGCAGAAGUUGCUGAAACGCCGGAGUACAUUGAAGAUAGUCCUCAUGUCGGCUACGGUGGACGCGAAAAAGUUCUCGGACUACUUUGGCGGCGCCCCGGUGUUAGAUCUACCUGGAAGGACAUAUCCGGUUGAAGUGGGAUUUCUGGAGGAUGCAGUCGAGGUUACCAAUGAUCUUUCCGGUGUCAAAGAGAGAGACCCAGCAAUCCAAGACGGGGAUGAAGACUUGAAUGAUUUUUCGGCGAGCGACAAGGGACGUCCCAUCAUUGCCGAACUGGAGAAAUACAGCAGCAAGACCCAACAGACGAUCUCCAACAUGGAUGAAUAUCACAUCGCCUAUAGCCUCAUCGCGAAACUCGCCGCCUCGAUUGCCAGCAAACCACGUUACGCGAAGUAUAGCAGCGCCAUCCUGAUCUUUAUGCCGGGGAUAGGCGAGAUGCGGCGUCUGCACAACCUCCUCCUCUCAAUGGACACCUUCAGCAGAGACUGGGUCGUGCAUUUGCUGCAUUCGACCUUCUCGACCGAAGAGCUCGAACGAGCGUUUGAACGCCCACCAAAGGGACAACGAAAGAUUGUGAUCGCGACCAACAUUGCCGAGACUGGAAUCACCAUUCCCGACGUGACGGCCGUGAUCGACUCGUGCAAGGAGAAAAUCAUGCGCUUCGAUGAACGCCGCCAGCUGUCGCGGCUGACGGAAGGAUUCAUUUCUCGCUCCUCUGCGCGUCAGCGAAGAGGUCGGGCGGCGCGUGUUCAGGAGGGUCUCUGCUUCCAUCUGGUCACCAAGCACCGUUACGACAAUCUGAUGCUGGAGCAACAAGUCCCCGAAAUGCUGCGGCUGAGUCUGCAGGACCCGAUCCUGCGCAUCAAGGUGUGGAACCUCGGGUCGAUUGAGGAGACUCUGAACGCGGCGAUCGAGCCGCCGUCGCGGAAGAAUGUGCUCAGAGCGAUUGACAAGUUGAAGGACGCGGGCGCGUUGGCGAGGAAUGAGACGCUGACGCCGCUGGGGCAGCAGAUUGCGAGACUGCCCCUGGAGGUGCUGUUGGCGAAGCUGGCCAUCUUCGGCGUCAUAUUCCGAUGUCUGGACCCCAUCCUGGCCAUCAUCUCCCUCCUGACCUCCAAGUCGCCAUUCCUGCCUAUUCCGGCAUCCGGUUCGCAAUCCGACGCCCGACACGCGUUCAGUCGCGGCGACUCCGACCUGCUCUCCUCCCUGAACGCCUACGAGGGCUGGAAGAAGGCGAAAGCGGCGCGGACGGCGCCGGAUUUCUGCCGCAAGAACCACAUCAGCGACCAGACGAUGGGGCAGGUCGAGGCACAAAAGAUCCAGCUGCUCGUGUACCUCGUCGACGCGGGCCUGGUGGCGCUGGACCCGGAGGAACGAGCGGCCCUGAACUGCGCCCGAACGACAUCUUCCGCCGGACGGGGCGGUCUGCCGUCCUCCUCCUACGCCGUGCCUGUGCGCUACAACCAGACGGUGGCCGACCGGGCCCUCAACGGCAUCAUCGCGACGGCGCUGUAUCCCCGGGUCCUCAUGCGUGAAGGCAAGGGGUGGCGCAACGUGUACACGAACCAGGUCGUGUCGCUCACCUCACGAUCCGUCAACCACCCCGCGCACACGCCCAAGGCGCCCCGCUGGCUGUCCUUCUACGAAGCCAUGCAAAACACGCGCAGCGGCGCGCUCAACGUGUUCGAAACGUCCGCCGUCCCCGAGUCCGCGCUCGCGAUCCUGCUGGGCGCCGAGGCCGAGUUCAAGUUCUUCGCGGGCGUGCUGGUCGUGGACGGCGGCAAGGUCAGGCUCGCGGUGCGGCGGUGGCGGGAGCUGAUGGCGGUCAAGAUUUUGAGGGAGGGCGUGUUGGGCGCGCUGGACAAGUGCUACCGCAGGCCGGGGGAGGUGGGAGGAGACGAGGAGGGGAGGAGGGUGAGGUCGUGGUUGGACAUGUGGCUGAAGAUCGAGGCGGCACAGGAGGCGUGA